AGGUUUUCGAAACGACGGGAACCCGACUGGGAUGGAUCGCCCGAGGUCGCUGGAAGAGUCGGUCAAGAAGUCGUCCGUCGCCUCGGUGGGCGCGCUCCUCACGGCGCUCCUGGUCACCCCGCUCGAGGUGGCCAAGACCCGACUUCAGGCCCAAGUGCCCACGACGUCUGUCCUAACCGUCAAGACGACACCGGCCACGUACUGCUACUGCACGCACUACUCGUUCUCGAACGGGCUCAUGGACCACAUGGUGUCCAAAGCGCGUACGAAUCUGUUUCCACCGCCGGGCGACGCCGGCGCGCACGAGCUGCAUCCCAACUGCCCGAUGCACUCGCCAUCGCCGUCGACGUCGACGCCCAAGCUGCGUGGCACCGCGCAUGCGCUCACGCACAUUGUCCGAACCGAAGGCUUGUCGGCUUUGUACGCUGGCUUGUCGCCCAUGCUUCUCAUCGCUGUGCCAUCGACCGUCUUCUACUUCACCUCGUACGACAUGCUCGUAUCCAAGGCGCGCCGCGACUACCCAAGCAUCGCGCCCAUUGCGCCCUUCUUUGCCGGCGGCAUCGCGCGCUGCAUCGCAGCGACUGUCGUCUCGCCGCUCGAGCUCAUCCGCGUGCGCAUGCAAGCGAGUCCGAACGCCGGCGGGUUCCUUCACGUCGUGCGCAGCAGCAUCAGCGACGGCUUCUUCUCGCUCUGGCGCGGGCUCGCACCGACGCUCGCCCGGGACGUGCCCUUCUCAGCGCUCUACUGGUCGAGCUUCGAAGUCCUCAAGCAAACUUUCACGACGAUGGCAGCAACGACCACCGAUAGCGACUGCACGCCGGCCCAAGUCCGCCUUGGCAUCGCAUUUGCGUCCGGUGCGACUGCAGGUGCUGUCUCGACGAUCCUCACACAGCCGUUUGACGUCAUCAAGACCAAGCAGCAGAUCCACAACUUCUCCAAAGGCGUUCCUGAGAGCGAAGCGUCCGCGUCGAUCUACAGCAUGCUGCGCGAUAUAGUUCGCCUUGAGGGCGUGGGUGGCAUCAUGACGGGCCUCUCGGCGCGCGUCGCCAAGGUCGCUCCGGCAUGUGCCAUCAUGAUCUCGACGUACGAAGCCGGCAAGCAGUAUCUCGGUGUCGAGUAAGAGGCCAAUGGUGCACUUCAAACGCGCGCACUUUUGCGUUCCUGUA